GGGUUAUUAGAAAACCUUGAUGCCGGAUGCACAAAAUGUAAACAGUGGAUCUGACAUUGUGACAUGAUUGCGCAACAUCAGUGACAUGGGAGACUGCAGAGGACUGGCUUUCAAUUCACUGUUCGACUCAGUCGCGCUCCGUUUUCUUUGCGCGCUCCUCGAGUCCCGUUGCUCCUCAGAAUCACAGCACCGCUGUGUUACUGAACUACAGCAGGAGCAAAGUAGCAGUAAUCCUGUGUGCUGCCAAUAGAAUCAACAUCACUAGAAUGAAUACAAUUUAAUUCAUAACAGCAGCAGAAACAUUCCACCGACUCUCUCUCACAUCGGUUUCACUGCUGCGCUGGUGCACUGAGGUUAUUCUGCCGAAGAGGAAUCGAAGAAACCAUCAGAUGAUUUCUUCCGAACGCCCGAAGUCUGUUGGGCCGAUGCCGUUGGAGAGAUUUGUCACCACUUAUAGUCGUGACUAUAAACCCUUCAGGGAGUGCCAGCUACAAGUCAACCAGCUGCAGUCCAGAUGUGAAGCUGAAACUGCAGCUGCAUUGAUCAGCCCACCUCAGAGUCAUCGUGAAACCUGGCCUAUAUUCCAUCACUAUUUUUACAAGACGACAAACAGCAUCUACGGCUCUACCAGCUGUCCACAGCCUCCCUCAUGGUCCCUCUUUCCUGGCUCCUUGCAUCCUUUGUUCACCCCGGCUCCUUACAUGUCUGAGGCGCCUGCGUUUGUUGGCUCUGCCCCGACAGAGGCAAGGACACAGGAAGUGGGAGUUGCGAGGCAGAUCGGGCCUUUACUUGGAGAGGAGACGAAAGGUCAUCUGCACUAUGUGUUUGGUGGAAAGGCAAAUAUGUUGGAGCAGCAGGAGGCAAAAGAUGAGCCUCAGAAAAAGAUUGAUGUUCUCUACGAGGAAGGUGUGAUUGUGUUGUCGUCCCAUGUCGGCCCGGCCUGCUGUGAAGAUUUACUGCGCUCUGUCUGCAGAGAAGCCGGCCUGCAGCACCUGCUCCACCUUCCUGUGGCCUCCAGUCCAAUUAUCACAACCAAAGAUGCUGGAAAUUGGGAUGUCAGCGCCUACCUGAGGGGCUUGGAACCGACUAUUGGACUGAAAAAUAGCACCUUCCUACAGCCUACAUCCAGGCACUGUGCACAGGAAACUGAGUGCCCUCAUGGUUGUUGCUUUAAGAUAAAAACCUCCCCUCCCUGCAUCCUUCAUAGCAGCACACUUCCUCUGGCCCAAUUACAGCCCACGUUCUACGGCACAGAGCCCAGCAGGACUUUACCGCUGACAGAGUACCAAGCCAGGUACACUGCUGAGUGGAGCCAGCCUAAGAUGCAGCAGUGUCAUCCACCAUCGUGAUCCUCAUCACCAGACGUUUUAUUCUUCCUUCUGAAUCUCAACUUUUGCCUCAAUACAAAGCAGAAUACCAAAAGAAAACAGUGUUUGUGUAUUGUGUACACAACAGCGUCUUUGUCCAAUCGUCCGCACUUUUCAGGAUGGAAGGGUUUCUCCACACAUGAAAGAGCCCUUCAAAGUGAGGCAGCGUUCAAGGUAUAAGGAUACACACGUUGAGGAUGAGUCAUAACACGGUAGUAAACCAUCUGUUGGCACCACUUAAAGACAGUAACACAGGCUUCCUGUCACCCUGUUGGGAUGAGGUGGGAAUGUGCUCAGUGCAGUGGUGUAACAAGUACUCAGAUUCUUUGCAGAGGUAAAAAAUUAAAAUAUACCGCUGUGUAAAAAUGCAUCAAGUGAAAGUACAGAAUGCAGAGUUGUCCCUCUUCUAAAUGUUAUAUUCACAUUCAGACUUAUUAAUGAUUGAAUUACAUGAAUGUUCCCAGGGUUUCAAUUGCAGUAAAAAUGUACAUGUCAACACACUAAACAGGCGGCCGCCAUAGUAAAAAUAUUAAGAAAACAAGUCCUUUCUCCAGUUACCGUUUUAUUUGUUAUUUAAUAGAAUAAACAUUUCUGUUUGUACAAAAUCAAGCAGAGAUAAUGUAUGAUGACCUCAGUGACCCCCCCCCCCCCAGGUCAUCAGACCAGCUUGAUGACAUUCUGCUUGCUCUUAUCAGUUGGUGACCUUCAGGGUUUUUGUUUUUUUUACAGCCGGCUGUGACGCCAGCAGAAUGAAAAUCUCUAAACGUACUAGUUCUUCAUGCUCCUUUGCUCCGGAGUUCGUUUUACAAUCACUAAGCUAGCGCUCAGUCCGAGGAGUCUUCCUUUCGAGAGGUGGGUUUCCUCUUUCUUCCCCUUUUGCCGAGGCUCCUCCUGUUCCACAAUGGGGAAGUAGCACACCGCUGACAGCAUCACGUGGCCAUCGACGACCCUGAGCCCGCCCCUCAUCUCCUCUGCAGUGGAGGAUGUGGACCCGUUGUACGGCUGACCCUACACCUCCAUGAAAAGGUCAUUCCUCCGGUCUGCUUCCAGAACCGCGAUAUGAACUGUUUGGGUGGACGGGCAGCAGGAGGCCUAGAGGGAGCAAUAUGGACAAAAUGCUCAUAUUCAAAUAUAGCAGAAUUUUUAGGAUUGUAGGCAAAUACAUUUUCUUGUAUUUUUUCAAGUUUAUUAGCACUAAAGUGUUUGUAAAUGUUUUCUCUUGUGUUGUGGCAGAUUUAAAUCAAUAAAUCUUCUAUUUCUA